AUGCCCCCACCACUCUCCACCUCUGCAAGGGAUCUGAUUAUAGAUCCUAACCCAGAUGCCACUUAUGCGUCUGUUAAAGCGGAGAUUCUGCGCCGCAACACCAGGUCUGCGGAGAGCCGCUUCAACGAACUGAUACAGGGUGAAGAAUUAGGGGACAGAACACCAUCAGAGUUUUUGCGCUCCCUGCGCGCAUCAAGUGGUGGUUCAACCGACAUGCCCCUUUUUAGAGAAAUAUUUUUUUCCAAAUUGCCUUCUAGCAUACGGAAAAUUUUCGACACGGCCCUUGAGGACAUCACCGUAGAUCAGCUCGCCACAAUGGCAGACAAAGUUUUGGAAAUUUAUGGACAUCCAUCAUCACAUUCGGCAGCCUCAGAUAAAUCCUCUCCCUUAUCAUAUGACGCCAUUUCUGACAAGCUGGACGUGCUCACGCGACAGAUGGACGCGCUGUGCCGGGAUUAUAGGCGUUGUUCACGUAGUCGCAGUCGUUCUGCCUCUCGUACCCCUCAGUCACAUUCUGGACUGUGUUGGUACCAUUCCAAAUUUGCAGGCAAAGCGCACACGUGCAUCCAGCCUUGUAGUUUUAAACCCUGGCGAAACUAG